UUUCUGAGAAGGUUGAGUAGUCUUCCUCAAAGUUUGUUCUCCAAAUUCCAUCAAACACUAGUACUAGUCCAACUGGUCAGGUCCCACUUCUAAUUACUUUAAAUUAAUCAAAUUGCUAAAUACUUAAAUCCCAAAGACUCUACCUUUCGACUGUGGACCAAGAGCGAGCAACAGCAAAACCAUAAAAGAGGAGCUCUAGUUGAACUACUUCGAAGGGCUGAUCGAGCAAAACCCAACAAUCAUCAUCAUGAAGAAGGGAAGCUUAGGGCCUAAGCUCAAGCUUACUCUUCCUCCUCCUGAUGAAGUUUCUAUCCAGAAGUUUCUGACUCAAAGUGGUACCUUUAUGGAUGGGGAUCUGCUUGUCAAUAGGGAAGGAGUUCGGAUCGUCUCUAAUAAAGAAGUUGAAGUUCCAGCCCCUAUUCAAGCAGCAGACAAUCAAAUGCUUUUAGCAGAUCUCUACGUGGUUAAAGUCAUUGGUAAAGGAAAUGGUGGGGUUGUGCAAUUGGUUCAGCACAAAUGGACUGGGCAGUUUUUUGCGCUGAAGGUAAUCCAAAUGAAUAUCCAGGAGUCUAUUCGCAGGCAGAUUGCACAAGAAUUGAAAAUUAAUCAAUCAUCACAAUGUCCAUAUAUUGUUGUUUGUUACCAGUCCUUCUAUGAAAAUGGUUGCAUUUCAAUUAUCCUAGAGUACAUGGAUGGUGGGUCUUUAGCAGAUCUUCUAAGAAAAGUCAGAUCAAUUCCAGAGCCUUAUAUUUCUGCUAUGUCUAAGCAGGUGUUGCGCGGUUUGUUGUACCUUCAUCAUGAAAAACACAUAAUUCACAGGGACUUCAAACCAUCAAACUUGUUAAUAAAUCACAGAGGAGAAAUUAAGAUAACUGACUUUGGUGUGAGUGCAAUAAAGGCAAACACCUCUGAACAGGCAAAUACUUUUGUUGGCACCUACAACUAUAUGUCGCCAGAGAGAAUACAAGGUCACAGCUAUAGCUACAAAAGUGACAUUUGGAGCUUGGGCUUAGUACUACUGGAGUGUGCAACAGGUAAAUUCCCAUAUACACCACCAGAUCAAAGUGAAGGAUGGGAAAACUUUUUUGAGCUUAUGAGCGCUGUUGUUGAUUUGCCACCACCUUGUGCACCUUCCGAUCAGUUUUCUCCAGAGUUCUGCUCAUUUAUCUCUGCAUGUGUACGGAAAGAUCCAAAGACAAGACUGUCAGCACAUGAUCUCCUAGAGCAUCCUUUCAUCAGCAUGUAUGACGACUUGAACAUUGAUCUGUCCGCUUACUUCACGGAAGCAGGAUCUCCACUUGCAACCUUCUAAACCUAUCUGGGAAUGAUUGCUUCAUGAGAUUAGUCAUCUGCGCUCAUUGCUGCGCAUUCCAGCAUGGGCACUGCCUAGGUGUUCCACGGGUGAGAAGGGAAAAUCGAAAGCUCUGCAGAAUGCUGUUGGUCACUUUUUUCAUUAUUAGUUCCCUUGGUAGCAAGAGGGUUGUAAUGGACAAAUUCUUGUUGAUACUUGGAAUGCUGGAUUUUUGACUACUUGCUAACUAGUUAAACACUUCAAAUUGAA